AUGCCAGACACACCCGCAGCCUCGACACCCAAGCCCACGACGCGCGGGCGCGGCGCACCCAGACCUCGCGGCGGCAUCCAGCGUAAAUCGAAAGCCGAACGGGAACAAUUCGCCAAAGAAGAAGCGGAGCGUCAGAAAGCACGCGCUGCCGAACACGAAGCUUCGACACGGGGCGCAAGGGGAGGAAGCAGGGCAGUCAAUCGUGGACGGGGCGGGGCCACACCGGCUCAGAGACAAGGCCCGGCGGCCGGUGGAGGUGUUUUUGGUGGUGGUGGCGGCGGUCUCACAACCACCCAGUCGAGGCAGAAGUAUGAGGGGUAUGCUGAGUUGUUGGAGGGUGGAGUGAACAGACGUGGUCCCGAGGAUGCGUUGCCAGGAGACGGUGAUGCCGGAGGCGCAGGAGGGAGUAGAAGAAGUGGUGGCGCAGGCACAUCCAAGGGGGGUGGUGGAGGAGGAGGAGGUGGUGGUGGUGGUGGUGCUAGAGCCCCAACGGCAGGAGAAACGAUAGAGACAACUACGGAUGACGAACGCGACGAUGGACCGAAACGAGACAUCGAGCGCAUUUGGAUCUCGAGCGACGAGGACAAAGACGACGCCGACGCCGACGACGCCAUCAUGUCGAGUUCGAGAAAGGGCAAGCAGAAAGCCCCCGCCACUAGCACUGCACCGAAGCCGUCACGAUCGGGGGCAGGCCUACGACCGGUCCGCGCACCUCGGACGCAGAGAGAAGAGGAGGACCGACCCGGGCGAGAUGGCAGCGCGGUGCGCAGGAAACGCGCACCUUUAAGCAAGAAACCGGACGUUGGACCCCUAGAAGUAUCCUCAGAUGACCACAGAGAAAGAGACGGGGACGCCGUGGAAAUGGAUAUGGACAUGGACGUCGACAGAGAAGACUCGGUCCAAUUCAUCAAAGAACAGCCCUCGAGUCCGGAGCUGCGCAAGCGAGCGCUCAAGAAACAACCCGGCGUGCCAUACAGGCACGGGCCCCUCAAAGCGUCCGCCAACGAAACGCUCGAAGAACGAGCUGAGCGACUGCGCAUGCAAGACGACGUCGACAAGCUGCGCCACAUCUUCGUCCCCAAGAACGAGAAUAGCGACGGAGACGUCGACGAGCCCGCAGGCCCGCACGACGGCAAGCUUCUCCUCUUCCAACUGCCGCCUCUGACGCCCUUUCUGGUCGAGCCCGACGCCUCCACCACGGGCACGGGCACGGGCACAGACUCAGAACCAAAAGUCAAGACGGAACCGACGACGACGAUGGCCGCGAACGGCACCGUCGACCUCGAGACCCUCCCUGACGCGCCUCCCACCACGACAGACGGACCCGUGAAACAUGAUCCGGACCGCGACGGAGAAGCCAAUAAGUCGUCCUCGUCGUCACGGAAUAAGUCCCAGAUACAACUUCCCGGCGAGGACGGCCUCCUUACCGCAACGGCACCCCUGCGUCUACCCGCCGGUGCGGUGGGCAAGCUGCAAGUCCACAAGUCCGGCAAAGUGACGCUCGACUGGGGCGGCACCGACAUGGAAGUCAAGCUGGGAAGCGAGGUGGAUUUCCUACAGGAUGUCGUGCUGGUGGAACGGGGGCGCCGUAAGCAGGAUGGAGAUGGGGACGAAGAUGAACACGCAGAAGGUGGUGGUGGUGUUGAAGGUGAAGGUGAAGGUGCAGGACAAGGCAAGAAAGACACCAAAGGAAGGGCGUACGCUCUCGGCCACGUGAGGCAAAAGUUGAUCUUGAUCCCGGAUUGGGCCAAGUUGUACGAUUGA